AUGAAUGAUAAUUAUAAUUUAGGUUAUGAUAUUGAUGAGAACCAAUUUGAUGGAUAUGAUGAUUAUAUGAAAAAGAAAAAAUCGAAAGGAUAUGAAUCACAUUCUGACAUUUCUUGUAAAAUAGGUUAUACCGAUUCAGAAUCAGAAGGAGUAGCAUCUAUAAAAGAUGUAUCUUAUUUUACAUAUGGGAAUAAUAUGAAUUAUAAUUAUAAGAAAAAAAAAGAUAUAUUAGAAAAACCAGUAUGGAAAAGUUUAUAUGAUAUUGAAGAAACUGUAAAAGAUUCUUUAUCUGAUUAUGAGUAUUCAAAAAAUAAUAAAUUAGAUAGUGAUAUAGAAUCUCCAAGAUUUGGUAAUACAUCUGAAGAGGAUGAUGUAGAUAAGAUGGAAGAAGAAAACGAAACAUAUCUUAAGCAUUCAAAUUAUAAUAAUUUCAUAAAAGAUAAAAAUGAAGCUAAUAGAAUAAAUAAUAAUAAUAAUAAUAAUAAUAAUAUGGACAUAUCUAUAACAAAUGAAGGGUCCUACAAAAAUAUAUUAAAUAAGAAUAUAUCAAGUAAUUUAGAUUAUGACUUUAAAGAAGAACUAAAAAAUAAUAUGUAUAAUAAUUUAAAUGUAUUUAAAAACUUAAAAGAUGAUUAUGUAGAAGCUACAACACAUUUCCUUAAACCAAAGACCUUCAAAGAUAUGAAUGGAUUGUAUUACGAUUUAAACGAUGAAAUGAUCGACAUUGAUUUGAUAAAAAAAGAACAUCAAAAGUUAAAGGAAACCAAUGAAUUAAAAAAUGUUAGCAGUAUAAAUUUUAAUCAUUUAUAUGAUGAUAAUAAUAAUAAUAAUAAUAAUAAUAAUAAUUAUAAUAAUAAUAAUAGUGUUAAUGUAAACACAAAAAAUAUUAGAAAGGAUAAAAAAUAUAAAAAGGAAGUUUCAUUUGCUAACGAAAACGAGAAUCAUAGUUACAAAAAAUUUCAAGAUAAACCUAAAUCUUUAAAGAAUAAAAAGGAUACUAUAUUAAAAAAAAUAAAAAAUUAUGAAGAAGGUGAAUUAUAUAAUGGUCAAUAUGAUCAAAUGUAUGAAGGGGAAGAUGAAUAUAGUGACGAAUUAUAUGAUGAAAUGUGUGAAGAUAGUGAUAACAAAUUAUAUUAUGAAGAUGAAAAAUUCAAUGAUAUGGUUAAUAAGAAAGUUGCCAAGGAUAUAAAUUUUGAGUGGUGGAAUUCAAAAAAGGUUAGUAAAAUAUCAAAAGAUAUAAAUUUAAAAUAUAAAGAUUCGAAUGAUAAAAUAAAAAGUAACGAUUCACAUGUUAAAAGCAGUGAAAAUAUUGUUAAUAAUAAUAAUAAUAAUAAAAUAUUAAAUAGAUAUGAUUUACCUAAGGAUAUAUCUUAUUAUGUAGAAGAAUAUCAAAAGAAAAAAGAACAAGCAAAACAUUAUGAUAACCAGGUGGAAAAGCCAAAUUACACAGAGGACAAAAAUAUAAAUGAUGAUAAGGAAAAUGAUCCAAGUGACAAUAUAAAUUUAAAUAAUAAUAUAAGAAGUAAUACAACAACCGUUUAUGCAAAUAGUACUUUAUCAAAUGAAAAAAAUAUUAACUUUUUGAACAGUAAUAUUAGUGAAGAUGUAAGUACUAUUAAUAAAGAAAAUAAUUUAUUCAAUACAAAUAUUAAUAAGUCUAAUGAGAAUAUGACAAUACAAAAUUGUGACGAUAAUAAUAAAUUAGUUGAUAAUAAUAUAUAUACUGAUCAAGAAUUUUUAAUAAAAAAUUAUAAUGUAAAUAAAAACAAAGAUAAAUAUGAUUCUACUUCUAUAGAUUCUUUAAAGAAUAAUAAUUUUAUAAAAGAUAUUUAUACAGAUAAUGAUGUAAUAAAUACAGAAAGUAUGGGAAUAUAUAAUGAAACAAAUAAAAUGAAUGAAAAAAUAAGUGAACCAUGUAUCCAUAACAGUACAAGCAAUAUAUAUGAAUACAUUUUAACAAAUAAUGAUAUGACCAAUGUAGGGAAUGAAAAUAGUAAUGAUAUAUUAAAUAAAAAUAUAGAGAAGACUAAUUUAGAAAAUGAGUCCAAAAAAUUAUAUGAUGUUUAUGAUAUGAUAAAUGAUUAUUACGAAAAAAAUAAAAAUGAAGAAACCAUAAAUAAAAUACAAGAAAAAUGUGUUGAUAAAGUUAUGUAUGAUUUUAUUAAUAAUAAUAUUGUUAAAGAAACAACCAAUUUAGAUAUGGAUAAAAAACAUUUAUAUUUAAAUAAUGAAAAGAUGAACACUACAUGUGAUGAUAAGGAUACAUAUUUGGAAAUGUCAAAGAAAGAGAAAAUUAAUAUAUUUCUAAAAUAUUUAAAAAUGAUUGAUGUGAAUUCGUUGAGUCAUCUUUUCCAAUAUUUUGUGGACAGAGAAAAAGACGAAGAAAUGAAAAAGAAAUUACAAUUUCUUUUAAUUGGAGGAGAUGAAAAGAAGCAAAUGGAAUUUAUGGAAAAUUACAAAAUUAAUCAAAAUACUCAAACAUUAAAUAAAGAUUUAAAACAUGAAAGUGUUCAAACUAAUAAUGAGAAGAAAAUUCAAAUAGAAAAUAUCAUACAAACCGAUAUAAAAGAUAUCACAAAGACAUUAUAUAUAAAAAAUGAUAUGAUAAAUAAAAAAACAAGUAUCGAUUCUGUUUUUUUUAAAAGUUUAAGUAAAGAUUCAUGUGAUAUAUAUAAUAAGAAUAAAGAAGAUAUAAAAAAGAAUGAUACUACUUAUACAAAACAAGAAGAUAUCGAUAAUAAGUUAGAUAUGACUGUUAAUGAAUCUAAUACAGAGACAUAUAAUGAAGUGCAAAAAAUAAAUGAUUUAAAAGUAAAAAUUUUAGAGAAAAUCAAAGGUUGUUAUGAUAAUUAUAAUAGUAAUAAUAAUAAUAAUGAUGAUGAACAAACAGCUAUAUUAAUGUUACAAGAUAAAAAUGAAUAUAGUAAAGAAAAAUAUAUGGAGGUUUAUAAUUUAAUAGAUGAAAAUAGGAACAUUUUAUCUAAACUAAAUGAUGAAGAAAAUAUGAAAAGUAAUGAAUAUAAAAAAAAAAAUAGAAGUAUUGUUACUGUAGAAACAUUUGCAUCAUUAAAAUCAUUUGAAAGAGAAAUGAAUUUAUUAAAAUCUCAUAAUGAAAGAUUAAGAAGGAGAAUUGAAAAAUUAUAUGAAUCACGUGAUCGAAUAAAAAAUGAAUAUAUGAAAAUGGAAAAAUUAAAAGAAAGUCAAGAUCGAUUAUUUAUAGCUACAGAAAGGCAUAUUGAGAAGUUACAUAAUGAAUUAGAUAAUUUAUCAAAAAAGAAUGAAGAUAUGAAAUAUGAUUUGAAGAAGAAAAAUAUAAAAAUUAUUGCUUUGGAAUCACAAAUUGAUAAUAAUUUAAAUAGGAUAAGUAAUAAUAUGGAAAAGGAUAAUAACAACAAUAAUAAUGAUUAUAACAAUAAUAAUGAUAAUAAUAACAAUAAUAAUAAUAAUAAUAAUAAUAAUAAUAAUAAUAAUAGUAUUAUUAAUAUGGAUGAAAUUAAAAAAGAUGAACAAAUUUAUAAUGAAUUUAAUAAUAAGCUAGAACAAAUAAAAGGCAAAAUAACAAACAAAACACAAGUAACUAUACAACUACAAUCAUUACAAGAUCAAGUAUAUAUAUUAAAAGAAGAAAUUAAAAAAAUGGAUUCCUUGAAACUAGAAAAUAUAAAACUAAAAAAAAAAUUAUCAGAUAUGGAAAAUCAUAAUUUUAAUACAUUUGAUAAAAAAGAAAAAAUAAAUAUUCAUACAUAUAGAAAUAAUUCAGAAAAUAUUAGUGAGAAUUCCAAUGAACAUAAAUUUAUAGUAUCUAAUGAAAAUACCAAUACAUAUACAAAUACAAAUGAAUUAAAAUUUGUUACCUCUAAUACAAAUAAUAGUACAUCAAAUAGUUUUGUUACUACCGAGGAUAAUAUAAAUAGUUCAGAAAAUUUUACCUCAAAUAGUAAUUUGUAUGAAGAUAAAGUUAAUACAAAUAAGUAUCAUAUGAACAGCUCAGAAAAUUCUAACCUUUCUUUAUUAAAAAAUGAAAAUAAUCAAUUAUACGAAGAAAUGUUUGAUUUAAAGGAACAAAUUAUGAUGAUGAAAAAAAAAAACAUACUAUUGUCUAAUCGUUUAAAUGAUUAUGAUAUGGAUAAUAUUAAAGAGGAUAUUAAAAUAUUACAAAGUGAAUCUGAGAAAUUAUAUUUAGAAAAAAUAAAGGUAUUAACGAAAAAUUUAGAUGAAAAGAAAAAUAAAAUUAACCUAUUAAAUGAUUUACUAAAAACAUCAAAUAAUCAAACAGUUCAAUUAAAUAAAAAAAUUGUAUAUAUAUUAAAUGAAAAGAAGGAAUUACAAAAUAAAUAUGAACAAUGUCUGAACUAUUUAGAAAAAUUAAAAAUGAAAUAUGAUCAACAGGCUCAAAAAUUAAGUCACAUAACAAAUAUGAGUUAUAAUAUGGUUCCCAAUGAUUAUUAUUGUAUGGAUGAUUAUAAAUCCUUGAUAUCAAAUGAGCAAAGUUCAGAAAAUUUAUAUCUUAAUAGUAAUGAAGAGAACAAAAUUAAUGAAUUAAUACAUAUGGAACAUAGUGUCAACAUGAAGGAUGAAGAAAAGAAAGUGAAAGUACCUGAUGAUCAUGAUGAUGUAAAUAAAAAUAAAAUAAAUAUGGAUAAAGAUAAAGAUAUAUAUGUGAACAAUGAAAAUUAUUAUGAUAAUAAUUAUUAUAAAAAAUAUAAAGAGUCCACAACAACAUGUGGAAAAUUGUCCGAUAUAUAUAGUUAUGAAAAUGUCAAAUAUGAUGUUUAUGAUAGAAGAGAAAGUAACAAAAUUGAUGAUUCGAAUAUACAAAAGGAAAAGAUUAAUAAUAUAUCAUUAAAUAUUGAAAAUUCAAAUAAAACAGACGAAAUGGUAAAAAGAUUGGAAACAUCACAUAAUAAUAAUGAUGAGAAUAUUAAUCCAUUGUUAAGAAAAGAACAAAAUACUCCUAAUAAUAUUUUAAAUAAUGAACAGAAAUAUAUUAAUAUAAACAACAUUUUUGAAAUAGAUAAUAUAACAAAAGAUUUAGAAAAUAUGAAUAACAUAAUAACAAGUAACAAUAUUAAGAAAUUCCAAUCUAAUGAAUUGAAUGAACAUAAUAUGAUGAAGAGUAAUAUGGAUGAGGAAAAUAAUACAUUUAUAAAAAAAAAUCUUUUAUCAAAUAAUAAUAUUAACCAUAAUAUAAUGAAUACCAAUAACAAUUUAAAAUAUAACAGUUUUAAUACUAAUCUAGUUAAUGAGAGUUAUAAAAAUUUAGAUAAUAUUAGUAAUACGUCAACUGAGAAUUUUUUGAGAAAUAUUGAGAAGAGAUAUGUAUCCAAUAAAAUUAAUGAACUGAACAAUGAUAUAUCUCAAUAUAUAGAUAAGAAGAAAGAAAAAAUACAUAAUUUAUAUAAGAAUAAUUUAGAAUAUAAUAAUCUCCUUGAAAAAAAUACAAACAUAAUGAAUAAUAAUAUAACUAAAACGAAUGAAUAUACAUAUAAGCAUAUAAAUAAUGACAAGCAUAAUAAUUAUACUUUUAAUAAGGAAGAACACCAUUUAAAAAGUAUAUUUAAAUAUAAUAAUAAUAAUAAUAUUAAUGAGAAGGAUGACAUACCCAAAUCCAUACAAAGCAGUUUCACAAAUGAAGACAAUAUAGCAUAUUAUAAUAAAGAGGGAAAUAAUAUGAAAUUAAAAAAUGAACAUAUUAUACAAGACAGAUUUUCUCAUAAUAAUAUUAAAACGUAUGAGAUCAAUAAAAAUUGCUCAUAUGAUUCUUGUGAUAAUAUUGUAAAAAUAAAUUAUGAUGAAUUAAAUGAUAGUACACAAAGGAAGGUAUUAAAUGAAUGUAAAAGCCAUAAUAGAAAAGCUGAAGCCUGGAUAAUUGAUAUUAAGAAUAAUGAAACAUAUCCUUAUAUAAAAAUAGAUAAAAAGGAAAAAAAUAAUGAAGAUAAGAAGAAUAAAUAUAUGUACAAUAAAAAUGAUAAUAAAAAUAUAAUGAAGGGAAGUAGUAAUAAAAGUAUGAAAAAGAAUAAUAAGAAUUCUAAUAAAAUGAAGUAUAUUCCAUUGUCUGUUAAUAAUAAGGGAUAUAAUAAAUUAUCUAUAAAUAACAAAUAUGAAAAUAAUAUUAAUAAGAAUAAUAAGGAUAAAUUAAACAUAUUAGUAAAUAGCAUAUCAAAAUUAGUACAGAGUAAAAUAAAACAAGAGUUAAGUAAUAAAAAUAUAUCAAAAGAUAUACUAAAUUUUGAAAUAACUAAAAUAAAGAAGAAAAGCAAAAAGGAAACAAAAAACAUGAACCACACGAAUAAUAAAAAUAAUGAUAAUAAUAAUAAUGAUAAUAAUAAUGAUAAUAAUAAUAAUAAUAAUAAUAAUAAUAAUAAUAAUAAUAAUAAUAAUAAUAAUAAUAAUAAUAAUAUUAAUAGUUUUGAAAGAAUAAAUGAUAAUAUUAAUUCAUACAAUGUUUUAAAUAAUAAGGUACAAUAUGAUAAUAUAAAUAUCGAUGAAGGGAAUUAUAUAAAUUAUGGUCCUAUAUAUGCUCCAGAUGGUUCUACUAUAUAUACUUGGGUUAACAAUAUGGAUACAAAUUAUAUGUAUAAUAAAUAUUUUGAUAGUAAGAAGAAUAAUAUUAAUCAUAUGCCCUUAUUAAAUAAUGUACCAUAUCUAAAUAAUGAUCUGUUAAUUAAUAACGUGAUAUUAAAUCAAAAUAAUAUGAAUAAUUUAGAAAAUCUGAAUACAAAUACUACUGGUUCUGUACAGCCAUUUGUUACUUUUCCUGAUUUGUAUACGAAUAAUAUAAAAAAUAUAUAUUUGGAUCCCAAUUUGCAAAAUAAUAAUUAUUUUGACAACAUGCAAUUAUUAAACCAUAAUAAUUUAAAUAACAAUUUGAACAGUAUUAAUUAUAUUGAUCAGAAUUCUUUAUCAUAUAACAACCUAAAUUGUAUAAAUGGAAAUAUAAAUAAAGAUACCUGUAAAGAUAUAGUAAUUGGUAUUCCUAAUAAUACUAACCAAAAUCAAAUACCUACAAUCGAAUUAGAUGAUACUAUUUUGAAGAAUGAUGUAAAUUUAAUACUAAAUAAUAACAAUGUUGUAAAUCAUAGUGUGAAUGUAGAAAUGUUGAACAAUAUACAAAAUGUAAAUCAAAAAUUAUAUAAUGAUAUACAAGAAAAUCUACACAUUACUAAUUCAUUACAUAAUAAUAAUAAUAAUAAUAAUGUGUUAGGAGGAGAUGUUUUAAAUAAUUCAUACCUAUUUAAUAUCAAUUCUUUUAAUCCUAACAUGAACGCAUAUAUUUAUAAUAAUAAUAACAAUAAUAGUAAUAAUAAUAAUAAUAAUUGUAUAAACUAUAAUUUGCUAGACAAAAAGGAAAUCAAUGUAAAAAACGAAGAAAUUAAUAUGAACAGUGUUUUGGAACAUCCAAAUAAAGAAAAUGAAGGCAAUGAUAUGAAGAAUAAUAAAAACUAUAUUAUAAAUAAGCAAGAUAAUGUUAAAAAUAAUGAUAACAAUAUUGAUAAAAUAAGUAGUGGACAAAAUAUAAAUAAUACCAACGCAAAUACAAUGAAAGAAAAAAGAAAUAAUAACUUAAGAGUUGAUGAUAUAUAUAAGAAAAACAUGAAAAGAUCAAAUUCUUUAGAUAUUAAGAAAUUGGAUUCUGAAAAAAAAAAUAAAUCAAUGAAUAUAGAAGAAGGUGCAAGAAAAAUGAAAACAAAUACAACACAAUUACUUAAUUAUUCAGAAAAUAGGAAAAAGGGAUUAAGAGAUAUGUCCACAUAUGCUGAUAAGGUUUUAGAAGAUAUGAAAUCACUUAUACCUUUAAAUUGUAAUGGUGCAAUAAAAAAAUCAUCAACAAAUACACAAAAAAAGAAUGUAAGUGCUAGUGAUAAUAGUUCAUUAAUGUAUAAUCAAAAUAAUGCUAAUAUAUCAAAUAACAUUCAUAAUAAUUUUAAGGAUAAUAAAAAUGAAGAUAGUAAUAAUUUAUCAUUAAAAAAUUUGGUGUCGAAAGAUAUAAGUAGUAAUAAUAAGGAUAUAAGUAUAAAUAAAAGUGCUCAAUUAUUACCAGAUAGUUGUAAUAAUGAUAACAAUACAACAAAUGAGAAGACAUACAAAAGUUAUAAUAGUUUAGAUAUGAAUAAUAAUAGUAAUAUUAGUAUAACAAAUAAUUUAGGAAAUAAUAUUAAAUUAAUGAGAUCUAAAUCUGUUACUACAAAUAAUCAUAAUUCAUUAAUUAUGAAAAAUGAUUUUUCAAAUUCUAAUAAUUUUUAUAAUAAUAAUUAUACAGAUUUGAAUAAACAGAUAAAUAAUCCUCUCAAUCACAUAAAUCUUAAUGAUUUUAGUAAUAUUCAUUAUCAUGAUUUCAAUUUACAAAACACAACGAAUAAUAAACAAUUUAGAAAAUAUUCAACAAAUGGAUAUAACAAUAUAUAUAACGAAUUAAAUAAGAAUUUUGCUCCAGAUGCCUUUUCAUUCAAUAAAAGAGACCAAGGAAAUUAUUUUAAAUCAGAAACUCGUAAGUCUUUAAGUAGUUUUAGAGAAGCCUUAAAGAAAGAAGGAAUAUUAGGUUAA